UGAGAAGAAGGCAGAGAAGCUCACCUGAGGAAACCUACUUCAUCCAGAGGUUCUCAGUCCGCUGGUGAAUAUGUUGGUUCACUUCUGGCUUCUCUGUGGUCUCAGCGCUGUUGUGACCCCCCAGGAUGUCACACAGGAAGCCCAAACAUUUCUGGCAGAGUUCAAUGCGAGAGCAGAAGACAUCAGCUAUGAAAACUCACUUGCCUCAUGGGACUACAACACCAACAUAACUGAGGAGACAGCCAGGAAAAUGAGUGAGGCGGGCACCAAGUGGGCAGCAUUUUAUGAGGAGGCCUCCAGGAACGCUAGCCGCUUCUCACUAGCUGACAUCCAGGAUGCUGCCACCAGGCUCCAGAUCCAGUCUCUGCAGGACAGGGGAUCCUCUGUGCUGUCACCGGAAAAAUACAGCAGGCUGAACUCUGUGAUGAACUCAAUGAGCACCAUCUACAGCACUGGGAUCGUCUGCAAAGCCACUGAACCAUUCGACUGUUUGGUGCUGGAGCCAGGUCUGGAUGAUAUUAUGGCCAAUAGCAUAGAUUAUCAUGAGCGACUGUGGGCCUGGGAAGGCUGGAGAGCUGAUAUUGGCAGGAUGAUGAGACCAUUAUAUGAAGAGUAUGUUGAACUUAAAAAUGAGGCUGCAAGGCUUAAUAAUUAUUCUGACUAUGGAGACUACUGGAGAGCAAAUUAUGAAACUGAUUAUCCAGAAGAGUAUAAAUACAGCCGUGACCAGCUGGUUCAAGAUGUGGAGAAGACAUUUGAGCAGAUAAAACCUCUGUACCAGCAACUGCAUGCCUAUGUGAGGCACCGUUUGGAGCAAGUCUAUGGCUCUGAGCUCAUCAACCCCACUGGAUGCCUCCCUGCACACUUGCUGGGUGAUAUGUGGGGUAGAUUUUGGACAAAUCUGUAUAACUUGACUGUUCCCUAUCCAGACAAACCAAACAUUGACGUAACUUCUGCUAUGGUUCAAAAGAACUGGGAUGCACUGAAAAUAUUCAAAACUGCUGAGGCUUUUUUCGUCUCUAUUGGCCUCUACAACAUGACUGCAGGCUUCUGGACAAACUCCAUGCUCACAGAGCCCACCGACAACAGGAAGGUUGUCUGCCAUCCUACAGCAUGGGAUAUGGGGAAGAAUGACUACAGGAUCAAAAUGUGCACCAAGGUGACAAUGGAUGACUUCCUGACGGCGCACCAUGAGAUGGGCCACAUUGAGUACGACAUGGCGUACUCCGUGCAGCCCUUCCUGUUGCGAGACGGGGCCAAUGAGGGCUUCCAUGAAGCAGUAGGAGAAAUCAUGUCACUCUCUGCAGCAACACCACAGCAUCUGAAAUCUCUCGACCUCCUUGAGCCAACUUUCCAAGAGGAUGAAGAAACUGAAAUCAACUUUCUGCUCAAACAAGCACUAACAAUUGUUGGAACAAUGCCUUUUACUUACAUGCUGGAGAAGUGGAGGUGGAUGGUGUUUAAUGGUGAGAUUACAAAGCAGGAAUGGACGAAGCGGUGGUGGGAGAUGAAGAGAGAAAUAGUUGGUGUUGUUGAACCAGUCCCUCAUGACGAGACGUACUGCGACCCCGCUGCACUGUUUCAUGUGGCUAAUGACUACUCAUUCAUAAGGUAUUACACCCGGACAAUUUACCAGUUCCAGUUUCAGGAGGCACUUUGCAAGGCAGCCAACCAUACUGGCCCUCUUCACAAAUGUGACAUCACCAAUUCUACAGCAGCUGGUGGGAAUUUGAGACAAUUGCUUGAAUUAGGCAAAUCCAAGCCCUGGACUCAAGCACUGGAAAGCGCAACAGGAGAAAAAUAUAUGAAUGCUACACCCCUGCUCCACUACUUUGAGCCUUUAUUUAACUGGCUGCAAAAGAACAAUUCUGGCAGAUCCAUUGGCUGGAAUACAGACUGGACACCAUAUUCUGACAAUGCCAUCAAGGUACGCAUCAGCUUGAAAGCAGCACUGGGAGAUAACGCGUAUGUGUGGGAUGCAAAUGAGCUUUUCUUGUUCAAGUCAUCCAUUGCCUAUGCCAUGAGGAAAUACUUUGCAGAGGAGAAAAAACAAAAUGUUGACUUCCAGGUUACAGAUAUUCAUGUUGGGGAAGAGACGCAAAGGGUCUCCUUCUACUUUACAGUCAGCAUGCCAGGUAAUGUCAGUGAUAUCGUGCCCAGAGCUGAUGUGGAAAGUGCCAUCAGGAUGUCUCGGGGACGAAUCAGUGAGGCUUUCAGACUGGAUGACAACACGCUGGAGUUCGAGGGCAUAGUACCAACCCUGGCCACACCUUACGAACCACCAGUCACCAUCUGGUUAAUUGUAUUUGGGGUGGUCAUGAGUCUGAUUGUCAUUGGAGUUAUUGUCUUGAUCAUCACUGGUCAGAGGGAUAGAAGAAAGAAAGCAAGAGAAAGAGCGAAUGAAGCAGGAGCAAACUGUGAAGUGAACCCUUAUGAUGAAGAUGGAAGAAGCAACAAGGGUUUUGAGCUAUCUGAAGAGACACAGACAUCCUUUUAGAAGACAUGCUAGCUUGUUUUUGUUUUAUUUUUCAUUUCACUUGUAAGAGUGGUGUCUAGCAAGGACCAAAAAACUAUGGAUGUCGUCAGACACAACGACUUUGGGUGGGCAACGGUUACUUAAUCUGCUGUUUAUGUGAUAACUAGAAAACAUGCAAAAAUGCAAGGCUUUUAUGUUCUGUGGCUUUUCUGUGAAUUAUGUUCAUCAUAGUACACACUAUCUGUGCUACUUUUCAUAGGUGUGCUACAUCCCAUUUAUCUUUGUUUCCUCUGUAAUGAGAUAGAAAAUCUUGGAAAUAUAGAGUUGCAUAUUGCUGAAGACAGAUGAGAGUAACGCACAUACUUGUGAUGCCCCUGAGGAAUAUCUUGCCAGAUGGAGAGCUCAGAAGUCUAUCUAACAUACAGUAAGGAAAAAAAAAAGGCCACCAGAAGAAUCUUAGUGAUGAACACAGUUUGGUAAGAGCAGUUUUUGCACCUUCAGGAAUCUGUGUCAACGUAAAAUGCAUGCUGAAUGAUGACUAGCAAGCACUGGAACUUUGUUAGGAGGCUGUAACGUAAGUUAUUUUUUUUAACUUGCUGGGUAAGUACUGUAGAAGCCAAAUAGUGUA